AUGACUUUUUCUUCCGCGUCUCCUGCCCCGGCCAUUCUGGCCUCAUCUUUGCUAUCACGAGAAAAGAACAGAAGGCCACAUUCCCCACACCAAUGGAGAACCGGGAUCCCAUCUCUAGACAGAACGUUUCCACCCCAUCGCUGGAUCGGCGGGAAACUGAUCGGCAUGAUUGACGAGAGCACCGCUUCUAUUUUGGUGGAGGAGCCAAAGUUACCACUCAUCACACAACUCAUCAUUACACAUCUUGCCUCCAUUCACGAGUGCUCUAUAAACAUCUCAACAUCACCACCCUCCUCCUCACCACCCCCCGAAGCCCCAGCAGCAGCAGCAGCAGCAGCACCGGCAACGGUAUUCAUGAUAACCUCCGCCACCGCAUGCUCCACCUCCUCGAUCUCCCCCACCACCCUCGCCACCGCCCUGGAAUCAGCACAUCUGCCCGCUUCCCUCCUCGACACCGUCUCCCUCCUCCAAUAUUUCGACUUCCCCGGCCUCGCCGAUGCCGUCGCCGAGGUAUCUUCCACCCUCUCCCAACGGCAGCACGACGGUCAAGCUCAAAACAAGGAACAACAACCUCACCACCCUCCCUCCGAUAGCACUAGCGCCCAAACGCAGCCUCAACCGGCACAACCCUCGAUUGUGGUAUUAGAGGGAUUGACCCAAACGCUGACAACGCUAGCCCGCUCCACCGGCCCCGUCGCUACGAAUGCGUUUUUGGUGCCUCUACUGCGGUCGCUGACGCAGCUGUCGAGAACGCGACCGGAUCUGUUGAUCGUGAUGCUUCUUGAGGUGGAGUUCCUGGAUCUCUUCUCUUCCUUACAGGGCGACAGUGGUGCAGCAGAAGAACUGUCGGCUUUCGCGGGCUAUUUUUAA